GCGCGUGGUCUCAGCGGGGCGGGGCCGGCGUCUCUUUGCUGCCGUCACUUCCGUUUCUCUGUCAGUAGCGAGCGAGCGAGCUGGAGGCAGUUCGGCUACAGGAGCAGAGCAAUGCCGAAGUCAAAGGAACUUGUUUCUUCAAGCUCUUCUGGCAGUGAUUCUGACAGUGAAGUUGACAAAAAGUUAAAGAGGAAAAAGCAAGUUGCUCCAGAAAAACCUGUAAAGAAGCAAAAGACUGGUGAAACUUCCAGAGCCCUGUCAUCUUCUAAGCAGAGCAGCAGCAGCAGAGAUGAUAACAUGUUUCAGAUUGGGAAAAUGAGGUAUGUCAGUGUUCGGGACUUCAAAGGGAAAGUCUUAAUUGAUAUUAGAGAAUACUGGAUGGAUCCGGAAGGUGAAAUGAAACCAGGAAGGAAAGGUAUUUCUUUAAAUCCUGAGCAGUGGAGCCAGCUGAAGGAACAGAUUUCUGACAUUGAUGAUGCAGUAAGAAAACUGUAAAAUCAGAGCCAUGUAAAACCUGUACUGUUCUAGUUGUUUUAAUCUGUCUUUUUACAUUGGCUUUUGUUUUCUAAACAUUGUUUUCCACGCUAUUGUAUAUUUGGAUUGCAGAACAAUUUGUAAGAUGAAUACUUUUUUUUAAAUGCGCAUUAUUAAAAAUGUUCUGAGUGAAGCUAAUUGUCAGUUUUAUUAAGGAGGAUUGCUUUUGUGUCCACCACCUAGUGUAAAAUAAAAUCAAGUAAUACAGUCUUAACUGUUGUGGCCUUCUUUGAUCAGAAAAGUUGGUACUUUUUAAGGCCAAAAGUAACAGUUUAUCGACCUUUUAGUUUCAACUCAGCUUUUACGUUCAAAAGGAUUAGCAUUGCAUUGAAUUUAGAAAAUUUUGGUUUGUGAAAUUCAUGGUUGAUCUGUUUCCUUCUAGUCAAAUAUCCGGACUUGUUUGAUUUUUUUCUUUUCCCCCCACCCCAAUGAUAUUUCACUUUCCCCUUUUUUUCUUCACUUCAUUUUCCUUUUAAUAACUUGUUAUGUUCAGUUUUCAUUUUGCCUUUUGCUCUUUUUCUUGAGUAUAUUAUGCUAAUUUGGAAAGUCUGAAACUGUCAAAAUGUUACUUAUCUCAAUAAGGUACUUGUAAGUAAAAUAUUAUAUGAGAACUACAAUCACUAAUUCUACUGUAUUAAAUAUUAGGAGAUAUAGUUUGAUAAACAACAUGGCUUGUAUGAAAACUCCGAGCAAGUAAAUGUAUGUAUGUCAUUACCUGUAGUGUUCUGUGUAGUUGUUAUCUUAUUGCUUAGUCUGCAGAAAAUAAUGACUUAGAUGUCUGAUUUGCUUUCACUUAUUAAACAUAUUCACCAUGGGAUGAUGUCUAUAAAAUCAGAUAUUGUUAAAUUAGACUAGGAUUUAAUAAAAAUUGUGAAAGCUUACUGGCCUAACAUUUUAUUUUAUGACAUUGAGAAUGGAUUAUAUAUAUAUAGCCAGAGAUAUAACUGAGCUUAACUGUCAUAGUAGAUAACGUGGUCAGUUUUUAGGGGAAAGAGCACAAAGAGCACAUACUUGCGUUUUUUGGCCUUUGCUUCAGUAGACUUGGUUUUUUUGCAGUUCAUUUAUGGGACAAUAGCAUUCUAGACUUAAUGUUACUAAGUUUUAGCAGGCACUCUCAAGUGAUUUUCAUUGAACCAUAAUGAUGAAGCAGACAUAGGUUGAGACACAGAUUUCAGGGGCUUUGCAGCAAUAAAUAGGGCAUGGUGUGCCUUAGGAGAAGAAUGUAAAGAAACUAUAACUGAAAUUAAAAAAGGUGGCAGUGAAGAGGAAGGAAUUCUCUUCACACUAAAUGAUAACACAUGAUAUUUUGAUCACAUUGAUAGGACACAGUUCUAGAUAGAAUAGUAAAAAGAAAGGUUUAAAGACAUGUAAAAAAAUUAUUGCUGACAUUUGGUAGCUAAUCUCAAAUGGUUACUGCCAUAUCAGAAAGUUGCACUAUUAUACCAAGUUUGAUUACCAUGUCUAAAACAUUUUAUAGUAGAGUUGUCAAGGACUUGAUUUCAAAACCAUCUGCCAGGCCACAUAGAGUUAUCAGUUUUUUUCUGGCAGCUGUUCUAAGUGUUUCUUUUACAUUUUUAAGAUUUUUAAAAAGUGUUUUUUAGCAGUAACCCUAAUAUGUGCAUAAUUGGGAAAGUAAAUCCUCUUUUCUGGUAUUUUAGCUUUCAUCACAUAAUAGAUACCAAAGUGUUCAGAGUACGUAUUUUAGACAAAUCAUACUUGUUUGAAAACUUUCCCCUUAUUUGGGAACAUAUUAACUGAAUUGGGUAGAUUUGUAAAGUAUUCCUUAUUGUAUAUACAGAAAGGGUAGUUAGAAAACAGAACUCUGAUCUUGGUGUAGAUGAAGAGGGGAAUAAUGGGUAAAUUUCCUAGGUUUAUGUGAAAUUACAAGGUGUAUGCAUUUUGAAACAAUCUGCUAAUACAGAGAUGUGCCGAAAUCUGUUACCUAGGCAUUUUCUAGCUGUUUAGUAUUAUGUCAUUAAAACUUUCAAAUAAGGAGUGUUUCUCUGGCAGAUUUUGGUAAUGUUCUUGGUAAAUUCAUUUCAGUACAUUACUGGAUAUGUAAUAUACAGAAAUUAUUAAUCUCGUGUGUGUGUAGAAAAGGAUGAGAACUGGGUUGAAAGAAGAGACUUUUUAAAGUAACUUGUGCUGGAAAGAAAAGAUAGGGUAUAUUGUUUUCUAUUUAAACUUUACCUUCUUGGUAAGAGUUCUUCCAGGAAGAAAGUGUGACAUUUUCAGGCACUGGUUUCUUACCUGAUAAUGCCAAAAUGAAUUUAAUUCACUCCAGCCCAUGAAUCUGUGCGGUAGCAGGGCCUUUGUAGUGGAUUUUUGUCUUUGUCUUUUUAAAGUACAAGCAGCAUUUGACCAAUUUCUAAUGCUUUUGGCGUUUGAAGAACAACCACUAAAGAAAAACUCUUAUAAUUUUAUUCUUUUUUAUUUUGCUUCAUAAAUUCUUAAGAACUUCUUUUGAAAGAGGAAUACUCCUACCUCAUUAGCUAGUCAAGAUGCUGUGAUGGUCAAGCCUAUUCUUCAUAAUGUGUUUAGGAAAAAAGACAGGAAAAGUAAGUACGUCCUGGCUUGGCUAUUGAGGGGAAAAGAGAAAGAAUUGAGUAUUAAUUAUUUAAAUGUUCCUGAUGGGGGUAUGUUAGAAGAGAACUAUAAAAGUUUGAAAUUUUAAAAAAAGUUCUGAUAUUUAGGUAUCGCUCCUUAAAUUCUUUGCAACUCACUUUUUAUGGAAAAUCCAGUGAAACACUCAAAAGUUUUUGCUUUUUUUCUUUAAAGCGGUGUUUUUCCAGAUAAACUCUAGGGGUAAACAUUCACAUAGUAACAAAUAUGUAAUUCUGUAAUUGUGGAAUACCUGUCUGCUUGUUUGGUACAUCUUCCAUGGAGAUGUCAAUGAAUAUACUGCAUCUGUGAAUAUUUUAAAUGUUGAAAUAAAAGCAAGAAAUGUG